CCGCGCCCGCUCCGCGUCCCCGCCGCCGGGAGGAGUUGCCGCACGCCCGCGGCGCGCCCCGGCCGCCAGCCUCGGCCUGUGGGCGAUUUCCUCCGGAGCCCAGCUCCCCCGGCCGAGGAGGAAGAUGCAGACCUUUCUGAAAGGGAAGAGAGUUGGCUACUGGCUGAGCGAGAAGAAGAUCAAGAAGCUGAAUUUCCAGGCCUUCGCCGAGCUGUGCAGGAAGCGAGGGAUAGAAGUCGUGCAGCUGAACCUUAGCCGGCCGAUCGAGGAGCAGGGCCCCCUGGACGUCAUCAUCCACAAGCUGACCGAUGUCAUCCUCGAAGCCGACCAGAACGACAGCCAGUCCCUGGAGCUGGUGCACAGGUUCCAGGAAUACAUCGACGCCCACCCCGAGACCAUCGUCCUGGACCCCCUUCCCGCCAUCAGGACCCUGCUGGACCGCUCCAAGUCCUACGAGCUCAUCCGAAAGAUCGAGGCCUACAUGAAAGAUGACAGGAUCUGCUCCCCGCCCUUCAUGGAGCUCACGAGCCUGUGCGGGGACGACACCAUGAGGCUCCUGGAGGAGAACGGCCUGGCGUUCCCAUUCAUUUGCAAAACCAGAGUGGCUCAUGGCACCAACUCUCAUGAGAUGGCCAUUGUGUUCAACCAGGAGGGUCUGAGCGCCAUCCAGCCGCCCUGCGUGGUCCAGAAUUUCAUCAACCACAACGCCGUCCUGUACAAGGUGUUUGUGGUCGGCGAGUCCUACACCGUGGUCCAGAGGCCCUCGCUGAAGAACUUCUCCGCGGGCACAUCAGACCGUGAGUCCAUCUUCUUCAACAGCCACAACGUGUCGAAGCCAGAGUCGUCGUCCGUGCUGACCGAGCUGGACAAGAUCGAGGGCGUGUUCGAGCGGCCGAGCGACGAGGUCAUCCGGGAGCUGUCCCGGGCCCUGCGGCAGGCGCUGGGCGUGUCGCUGUUUGGGAUCGACAUCAUCAUCAACAACCAGACGGGGCAGCACGCAGUCAUCGACAUCAACGCUUUCCCAGGCUACGAGGGCGUGAGCGAGUUCUUCACCGACCUCCUGAACCACAUCGCCACCGUCCUGCAGGGCCAGAGCGCAGCCACGGCGGCGGCGGGGGCCGCGGCCCCGCUGAGGCACAGCAGGCUCCUGGCGGAGCAGGCGGGCAGCCUGGCGGGCGAGCGGACGUGCAGCGCCAGCCCGGGCUGCUGCAGCAGCAUGAUGGGCCAGGAGCGGCCCUGGGCGGCCGAGGCCGACGCGGGCGGCGUGGGCGGCACCGCCAAGCUGCCGCACCAGAGACUCGGCUGCACCGCCGCCGUGUCGCCCAGCUUCCAGCAGCAUUGCGUGGCCUCGCUGGCCACCAAGGCCUCCUCCCAGUAGCCGCGGAGCCCGGGACCCAGAGGGGCGGCGCGGCCGCGGAGCACACCUGCUGGGCGAGCGGCUCCCAACGGUGACGCUACUACUAAGAAUUCCCAACAAUCUGAUUCUCCUUCUUUUUUUUAAUUUUUAACCUGAUUUUCUGAUGUCACGAUCUAAAUAGGGGGGAGGGGGGAUGGAAGAGAACUCCACGUGGUCCAGCCUCGCGGAAGAGGGGCAUCCCGCCUAACUGCCGCUGCGCAGAUCCCGGCACUGAAUUUUCAACACUAGGUCUGAAUGUGAGGUGGGGCGUGCGCGAGCGCGCGUGCACAUCCACGUCUCUUCGUCUCGAUGGCUGCUGCGGACCAGGCCGAGGGGAGCCUGGAGGGGGCCGCCCCAUGAGCGGUUCUCCGUCGCUGUCUUCUCCCCGAGCCCCAUCCUCCCAGCCCAGCCCCUUCGCUGGUUCCCCUCCCGCUGGUCUCCCCCGCAGCUCUGAGGAGCAGGGCGGAAACCCGCACCGAGUGUGCCACGGGCCCUUCCCAAAGGUGUGAGCCAGAGGAAGCAAGAGGCUACAGCUCCUGGUCCCCUGGGGAGUCCAUACGGGGGUGGGGGUCUGGGUGGUGGUCUACCUGCUGCCAGCUCACGAAAUGGAGGAAGGAAGCUUCCAGGGGAGGAGCCAGCGUCCUGGGGUGGCUGCCUCCCUCUGUGUCCAGCUCUCUGCAGUCCCCCAGGCCCCUCAGCACUGCCCGGUGCAGUCCGGUGAGGGGGCUUCCUGCCCUGACCACACGCUGCUGCUCACAGGGACCAGGAGGGGCUGCCUGGCUGGGAGCCCCUGGUCUGAUCGCACCUGUGCCAAGGAUUUGUGUCGUGACUGUGGGCGGAUCAUUCCGAGAGUCGUCAGGCAUCGUGUCCCCAUCUCUGAUGGGCAGUCGAGACCAGAGAACUCUGAAGGGCAGGCUUGACACCCUCGCCCCCGUGGUGCAGCCUGCUUCUCCUCAAAGUCAACCCGCAUGAGCUCUCCUGGUCUCUGAGGCCAUUUGGGGCCCUCUUCCCCGGCAGGAGGAGGCUGCCAGACGCUUCCCUCCUGUUCACAGCUGCCUGGCCUGUCUUCCCAGUGGGCUGAUCCCCUCCCUUCUGUAUUCACUGCAAGCCCCAAGCCCUGAGCCAGCCGGGUGCGAGGGGCUGCAGUUGGGAGGUGAGGAGACACGUACACUCCCAGCCCCUAAUAGCAGCAGAUGGACCACCAGCUGAUGGGUCAGAUCCUGAGGUCCAAGUGGACUAGAAACCCCCUGUGCAGAGAAGGGGGUGGGUGAGGGGCUUUGUCAGUCCUCGGACGAUGUGAACACUGGGCGACAUCCAUGGGACCCCCUGAGUGUGAUCUUGUGUCUUAAGAUAACGGUUCACUUUGAACAAGAGGAAGAGCCCUCUGGACUGCCCUGUGUGUCCAGGGCGGAUGGCCGAGAGAGGCUGCUGGGCUGUGCACUGGCUCGGGGGCAGUGGGGGUCACUCAGCUUUGGGAAAGGAAGGGCUAGGGUGGUGACCAUCACAAAGCAGGGCUGGGCCUGGGGUGCGGGGUGGAUGCGGUCAGAACUGCCCACUGUCCUGGAAACCGAGGGCCUGCUGACUAACCGCAUUUACACAACGUGAGUGUUGAACCCCGAUCAUAAUGUCUGUACGCCGCCUUUCCCGGUCGGACCCCAAGCCCCGGGGCCACAGGAAAGCGUGGCUGGCCUCUUGCACUGCUUCGCCUCCAAAAUAAACUACUGAAAUCAAACGCA